GAUCAAAGUAAAAUCACAUAGGUAUAUAUGGCACUAUAAAUACUAGAAGUCGCUUUGUACGGUGAUAUGUUGAUUAUACAAUUAGUGAUCAAAAAUGGACUGGUUACGGAUAAGUAUACUAUGUAUGAGUGUCAUUCUCGCACAAAGUGCACCCCAAGGAGCACCUGGACCAGAAAUCAAAAUAAUCAGCCAGACCAAUGAAAUUUCACCUGAUGGUGGUUACAAAUGGAGUUAUGAAGCGGACAAUGGUAUCAAAGCCGAUGAAACCGGAACCUUAAAAAAAACUAACGACGCCGAGAAUCCCGAAGUGAUCGUGGCCCAAGGUGCGUUCUCCUAUACAGAUAAGGAAGGAAAUCAAAUUUCUCUAACGUACACUGCGGAUGACGAUAACGGAUUCCAACCACAAGGGGCUCAUCUUCCCACACCUCCCCCCAUUCCACCAAAUAUCCAGAGGGCGUUGGAUUGGAUAGCGUCUCAGCCUUCUACCACUGAGAGGGCAGGAAAACGAUAAGUUAAUCGCUCCAAAGACGACUUCUGCUCAUCGCUGAAACAAUGUUGACUGUAUAUUUCAAAUUCACUUUUCUGUGAUAUAUUAAAAUCAACGUUCGAUAACUACAGCAAUACUUGUGAUCGGCAAAAAUAAUGUUAAACGACUCAGCCCAUGGCAAUGUACCAGAGAGAUAGAAUUAGAGUCACGGAAAGUGUUAAAUGCGAUAUAUUUCUGUUGGUUUGUCAAUUAUAUAUUGUUAUAUGUUUAUCUGAUAAUAAAUGCUUUCAAUCUGCAAGUCAA